AUGGCUACCGAGUUGUGCGUUCAGAAAGUUGAAGAAUACAGAAAACUUAUCCGUCAUAAUGGGAAAUUUAUGUUGACUUUUUGUAUUUUAAAUUUACUAUUUCCUCUUGUGGCAGUUCUUGGGAAUUUCUUAGUUAUCUGCGCUUUGUGGAAAUCAUCAUUGAUUCCAGCCAAUUUAAAGAAAUUAUUCUUGAGUCUCGCUGUCUCUGAUGUUGCUGUCGGGUUGAUGGCUCAACUGAUGUUCGGUGUCAUCAACGCAAUUAUGUUAAAGAUGGCGGAAGACGAGAACUAUGACUUCAGCUUCCUUUGUCCAGCGAUUUCAAACGUACGUUAUUCCUGGUUAUUUUUCCUGGUUUGUGCGUCGUUUUUGACAAUAUCCGGCAUUGCAGUCGAUAGACUUCUUGCUAUUUAUCUCCACCUUCGAUAUCAGGAGCUUGUUACCACAAAACGGGUUAUUUUGGCUUUGGUUUCGUUCUGGUUGGCAAGUGCUGUCAUGCCUUUCAUAUUUGUUGUUCUCCCUGACAAAAAUACUGUUGUUAUCAUUGUUGUCGGAUUUAUUGGGAUUUUCGUUACAACUGCGGCGUACAUACGCAUUUACAGAGUUGUGAUGUAUCAUCGGGCUCAAUUACAGGCUCUGGGAAGUCAGCCAGAAGUUAAUUCAGUGAUGUUUCUCCGAGAAGCAAAGUCAGCCAUCAAUACUUUGUACGUCUAUAUCGUUUACCUCGUUUGCUAUUUUCCCUAUGUUUGUACUUUAACUAUUUUAACAACAGAUAACCUCAAAACGUCAUUUACACUCGCGAACCAUGUUUCGUUUUUCUUGAUGCUACUGAACUCUUCAUUAAAUCCUUUUGUCUACUGCUGGCGAUAUCGGGAGAUUCGUGAACAUGUUACAAGAAUGGUACGGAAAGUACUCUGCUUUGCAGCCACUGAACCAUGA